CUAGGCCUUAUCAUUGACAACAUGUCUAAACAAAAUAGCAGUGGAUCUUCAAAGGUUUCUGUUGGUGGCAGUGGCUAUAGGGCAUCUAAAUCUUCAUUUCUGAUGAGUUCUGGAGGGGCUUGUGGUGCAGGAGGCUAUGGAGGUGGUGAUUUGAGUGGAGGUUAUUCUGGUGGCUUUGAUAGUGUUGAUUUUGGAGGAUAUGGUUGUGGAGUCAGUGCUUGUUUUGCAGCUGGAGGAGAAGGCCUCCUUCACGGUGGUGGGAAAGAAACUAUGCAGAAUCUUAAUGAUCGUCUGGCUUCAUAUUUGAACAAAGUCCGAGCUUUAGAACAGGACAAUUCUGAUCUUGAAUGUAAAAUAAGAAACUGGUACGAGAAGCACCAGAAAGACUCGUGUCCUGAUCGGGACUACAGUAAAUAUUACCACAUUAUUGAGGACCUUAAAAAGCAGAUUCUAACAGCUUCUGUAGACAAUGCCAGGGUCGUCCUCCAGAUUGACAAUGCCCGCUUGGCUGCAGAUGAUUUUAAGUUAAAGUUUGAGAAUGAGUUAUGCCUCCGACAAGUAGUUGAAGCUGAUAUUAAUGGUCUACGCAGAGUUUUAGAUGAGCUAAAUAUGUCCAAGUGUAACUUGGAAACACAACUUGAAAGUCUGAAGGAUGAGUUGUCCUGCCUGAAGAAGAACCAUGAAGAGGAGAUGAAGAGUUACCAAGGUGCUACUGGAAACCUAAGUGUUGAAAUGCAGGCUGCCCCAGGAAUCGACCUUAAUAAAAUACUAAAUGCUAUGCGGGCUGAAUACGAAGAAAUGGCGGAAAAGAAUCGCAGAGAAGCUGAGGCCCGAUUCAUUGAAGCGAGUGAAGCACUCAAACGGGAAAUCUCAUGUGGUGCAGAGCAAGUUCAGUCCAGUAAAACUGAAGUCACUGAUUUAAAACGCACACUCCAAACACUGGAAAUAGAACUGCAAGCAUCGCUAGCGUUGAAACAGUCUCUGGAGUGCUCUUUGGCUGAGACAGAAGGAAACUACUGUGUACAGCUCUCGCAAAUUCAGGCAAAGAUCUCUUCCUUGGAGCAGGAGCUGUGUGAGGUCAGAAAUGAAACUGAGAGACAGAGUGUGGAGUAUGCACGACUCUUGGAUAUCAAAAUCAGGCUAGAGAGAGAAAUUGAGACCUAUCGUUGCCUACUUGAGGGGGAGUCUAUCCCCAAGCAUAUUCCAUUGCCAAUUCCAAAAGAACCAACUAAAAGCAGAAAGAUUAGAACCAUAGUGGAGGAAUAUCAUGAUGGACAAGUAGUAUCUCAACAAGUCUCAGAACAAGAUGAGAAGAUGUAAGGACAGCACUACUUUCCAGCUGUCUUCAAGAAGCCAACUUGACCAUCACUCAAAGGAAAGAGAAACAAAAUAGCUUGCAAAAUAUACUGCAUUUCUUUCUAAUUCUACUGCCCUAUAAAUGAAAUGAUCUCUCACUUAAUCUAUGGUGAAUGUUGUCUGGUGUUCUUUCUAAAUAAAGUUACUUUUGAUGCAAA